CCAUAAUUACGUCACUCUAUAGACGACAAGUCAUGUGUUUUGGUGUUGUUUACAGUGUUUUGAAUGCAAUCAACGAUUCAUUUCAUGCAUUGUUUUCAGCGAUAUUUGCGUUCAUUUCAUGUGUUUUCAAAGACAUUGUUUUGUUGACAAUAAAUGACAACUCAUUCAAUGAGAAGACAAUUGACGCCAAAGGGAUGUCAAACGCGAGCCAUAAUGAGUCCCAAUUGAUCUGCGAUUCGCCGCUUUGGGACAAUGACGUGUUUUGGUGGACAACAGCGCCGCGACUGACCGACUGUUUUCGACAGACAAUCCUCAUAACGAUUGGUCCAACACUUCUCCUUCUGUUGACACCGUUUGACUUCAGAUACUUUGCGUACAAACGGAGCACUCAAUCGAUUCCAUGGCGGCCAAGAAAUGUCUCCUCAGCGGUCCUGAAUCUGGUGUUAGUGUCGAUCAGUUUCUGGCAUUUGAUCCGUUCUGUGUUGAAAGACGUGCGCUUCUGGAGCACAGUCUUCGAGCCGAGUGUCGACUUCACAGGUCUGUCGUUGGCAUACAUUUUGCAGAUCUAUUACCGCCGAAACGGUCGCCGCAUAUCAAUAGCACUUCAGGUGUUUUGGUUGAUAACAGCCAUUGUGUCGACAAUACGGCUCUAUUUGGAGUUCAACUUAACGGAUGACACGAUCACAGACACCGCCGGCCAUCACUUGUCUUAUCUGAUCGUAUAUUGUGUUUAUAUCUCGACAUCAGUGGUACUCCUCUUGUUAUCUAACGUAUGCGAUGACGCGUCCGAUCGUCACAUAAUCACAUCCAACACACAUCACACCCAUUACUGUCCCCUCGAGAACGAGUCAGCCCUCUCUCGGAUCACAUUCCUAUGGGUUCUUCGCUUUUUGCGCAAAGGAUUCAAACGAAGGCUUCAAUUCAAAGACUUUCACCGCAUCUGUCAUUCAAUUAAAACUAAAUAUGUGUCCAAAUUGUAUCACGAAUUUGAUGUCCAAUACAACGGCCACCGAAUCAACAGAUCUCUCCGCCCGAAGUCCAGACGCCUAUUGCCUGUGUUGUGGUGUCUGUGCUAUAAAUCAGUAUUAUUUUGCAUUUGCCUAUUAGUUGUAUACAUACCCGCCCUUUACGGACAGCCAUAUAUUCUCAAUAAAUUAAUAGACUUUUUAAGCGAUCCAAACGAUCUCUUAUGGCACGGAUGUGUCUUAGCGGUCGGUUUCGCCGUUUUGGGUGUCAUAUCGACCCUAAUCUAUGGACAAACCACUGCUCUCAUGGAAAACGCUGCUCUCAGAUGCAAAUCGGCGCUCAUUUCAGUCAUUUAUCGCAAAAUGUUUCGCUUGAGUCCGACCUCCAGAGCUCAGUACACAUCGGGAGAGAUCGUCACUCUAAUGGCCGUCGACUGCAACGAGAUUUUUAAAUUCAUUGAGAUAUCGAUGAACUUAUUGAUGAUUCCCAUCAUUAUGUGCAUCGGUUUAUACUAUUUAUGGCACUAUUUAGGACUCGCGUCACUCGGUUUUGUGGCAGUUAUGGUGUUUAUGAUACCGAUUAACGUAUUUUUUGGUCACAUAUUGAGCCGAUUGCAGAAAAAUCAGAUGUCUUUUAAAGACAAACGAAUGGCCAAAAUAAGCGAAAUCUUAAACUCGAUUAAAGUGAUUAAACUGAACGCAUGGGAAGAGGUGUUCAUUCGGGAAGUGAACCAAUUGCGAGACUUGGAGCUAAGGGCGCAGCGAAAGAUGGCCACCAUUUACGCGCUGAUUGUGUUGGUGUGGAUGAUGGCACCCGUGGUGUCGGCCAGCGCUUGCUUUAUGGCCUUCGCAUACUUGGAGUAUUCAAAGUUCACAAUCAAAACCAUAUUUGUGUCGCUCUCCAUAAUGAAGGUCCUGCAGAUGCCGAUCCAACGGCUGCCCACAGCUAUCAAUGGCCUCAUUCGUGCCGUCGUUUCGCUCCGCAGACUCUCCCGAUAUUUGUCGGCCGAAGAACUCGACCGACCGAUGGUUAGUAAACGUAAAAGAGAUAACGCUUUUAGCGUUUGCUUUGAAAACGCGACCUUUAGGUACAGCAAAGCGGGCGCUGCCGUACUUAACGACCUGACAGUGAAUAUAAAAAGCGGUUCAUUGGUCGGCAUUAUUGGCGAAGUGGGCGCCGGAAAGUCGUCCCUAUUAUCAGCAAUCAUAGGCGGUCUCCACAAGACUGGAGGCAAUUUGCGAGUGAAAGGCAGUAUCGCUUAUGUGCCGCAAACCCCUUGGAUUCGUAACACGAGUCUAAAGGAUAACAUUAUAUUCAUGUCCGAUGAAGACGAGAGUCGAUACCAAGAAGUGAUCACAGCUUGCGAUCUGUCGCCAGACUUGGCCACACUUGCGUCGGGCGAUCGGACAGUUGUGGGCGAAGGGGGUAUCACUUUGAGCGGUGGUCAGAGACAUAGGGUUAGUUUGGCGCGAGCUAUAUAUCAAAACUGCGAUAUAUAUCUGUUGGACGACCCGUUGUCGGCAGUGGACGCACAUGUCGGACAGCAUCUGUUCCAAGAAGUGAUUGGACCGAAAGGACUGCUUCGCCAUAAGACACGUAUAAUGUGUUUGCAUAACACGAGUUAUCUGUCGAUUUGCGAUCAAAUCAUUGUUUUACGCGAUGGAGAGGUCGUCGCUCACGGAAACUAUAGUGAAUUGUCAUCUCUGGGACUCUUCUCGCAAACUAAUAGUUUAGAGAAUUCGGGCGAAGAAUCGGAUAAUAAGCACUCGUUUUUAGUCAAUUCCGAUAAUUUAUAUCAAACUCUUUUGCAUAAGAGCUCAAUGAAUAGCGAAUCACACGAUUCGGUGCUCCAAACGGCUAGCGAUGAGAUAAUAGUGGCGUCAAUCGAGAGCACAGAACCCACGGAACCGAUCGUUAGUGAUAAUGAAGAAGUGGUUUAUUUAGGAAGCGUUCUCUGGAAUGAUUACUACCGAUAUAUAUCCAGCGUUGGUAUUAUCCUAUUCGUGACAAUCAUAUUGUUUAGGUUUGGCUCAAACGGCAGCGAAGUUGCGAUCAAUUAUUGGUUGAGUUUGUGGUCGAAUCACAACCAUUCCGAAGACACCGAUAGUAAUGACCGAAAGUUUAAUACUAUUAUUUACGGCUCAUUACUGGUGAGCGAAGCGGUGUUUAUAUUAUUGGGAAAUGUAGUGCUAUUCGUGGCGACAAUACGGGCGUCGAGACGAUUGCAUCUGAAGGCAAUGUAUGGCGUAAUGCGAUCUCCGCUCUCGUUCUUCGACAGGACGCCAAUCGGACGUCUAUUGAAUCGUUUCAGUCGUGACAUCAGUUGUGUUGACGAAUCGAUACCCGAUUUGCUUAUAUCUAUCGUCGAUGUGUUGGCUUUCUUCGCAAUCCUUUACGGUCUCGUGUUUUACAACUUUAGAUACUUAUCAUUAGGACUGUUGGCUAUCAUUGCGUUAUUUUAUUUAAUUUAUAGAUUUUAUCUGAAGACAUCCCGACAGUUGAGACGAAUGGAAGCGAUCAGUAAUUCUCCCCUUCAGAGCCACUUCUGCGAGAGUAUCGCCGGCGUCGACAGUAUCACCGCUUAUAACGUUUUGCCACAAUUUAUCAAUGAGUCCAACAAACAAAUCGAUUUGACAAACAAUUGCUAUUAUCACAGAAUUUCUCUCAGUUUAUGGCUAAGGAAUUGGUGCCAAAUCAUUGGCUCUUUCAUUAUUACAAUUAUAGCCAUUUAUAUCGUCUGCAAUCGACAUCACAUUACCAUAGGUUUGGCCGCACUAUUGAUCGUCUAUAGUGUCGAAGCCGUGGCUAACAUUGCCUACACUAUCAUUGUUAUGGCGGAUCUCGAGACGAAUAUGAUAUCUGUUGAGAGAUUGAGAGAGUUUUCCGAUUUGACGCCAGAGAAAGAGUGGAAGUCUGCCGACACUUACCGGCCAUCGAGUGAUUGGCCGCAAAACGGAUGCAUUCAAUACAUACACUAUUCAACUACUUAUAGAAAUGGACACAAAAAUGUCUUAAACGACAUCACCUUUAAGAUAGAAUCGGGCGAAAAGGUGGCGGUUGUCGGCCGUACGGGUGCGGGCAAGUCAUCGCUCGCCCUCUCACUCUUCCGUAUGAUUGAACCGAUUUGCGGACAAAUACUAAUCGAUGGCUUAAAUGUGUCUCGAAUUGGUUUACAUGACUUGCGAUCGAAACUUACAAUCAUUCCUCAGGAGUCGACCAUUUUUGGGAACACUAUUCGCAUGAAUUUGGAUCCGUUGGGCGAAUCCACUGAUCGUCAGUUGUGGGCAAUUCUGGAUGACUUGAAUUUGACUUCGUUUGUGAACUCAUUGCCCCAUAAAUUGGAUUCAAUUGUCACCGAAAAGGGACAGAAUCUAAGCGCAGGUCAGCGACAGUUGAUUUGCUUCGGCAGAGCUUUACUCCGGAGCACAAGGAUUGUGGUGUUAGACGAGGCGACCAGUGCUUGCGAUCUGGAAACCGAUGCCAACAUUCAAAAGAUAAUUAGACAAAAAUUGACUGAUUGUACAGUUAUUUCAAUUGUCCAUCGAUUGGAUUCAAUCCUCGAUUACGACAAAGUAUUGGUCAUGAAUUGCGGAUCACUUGCGGAAUACGAUUCGCCCGAAAGAUUGCUCGCGAAUACAAAUUCACUUUUCUAUGGUUUAGCAAAACAGGCAAAUGUUGUCUAAAGUGUUGACACAAAUUAACUUGUGGUCAGAGUAUUACAAGUAUUACAUCCAAGUAUUAACGCAAUAUUUUUAUAGCUAUUGUUUAUUAUAUGAGAAACGGGUUUAAAUUAUUUUUAUAUAUUUUAUAUAAUUUUCUAUUUUGUAUUACCGG